CUAAACCACAUUUAAGGGUUGGUUGUAUAGCUACAAGUUUAAUACAGUUUCAGAACAGAGUAUUAUUAAAAUAUGAUGCUCCCUCUUUCAUCUCAUGUAUUGGGACGGUAUUGGUGUUCAUUAUUCUUCAAAACAAGAUGUUUGUCCGCGCUUCGGACGUGACCCCACAACGUACGGGUUACGUGACUACAAAUAUACAUAAAACAUUAAUAUUUGUAGCUUUUAAUUUUUAAAUAUUCCCCAGUUUGCUGUUUGUCUCUAACUGUGUGCGUGGACGAAAAUGUGUUUGUUUAGCAAAAGAAGUGUCCCAACUUUGUUACAAAUAGGCAGAAAAAAGUGCUAUUAUCCACGAAAGUGCCUAAGCAGUAAUCAACAAAAAGUUAGAGCUUUUGAAGAAAUUCCUGGACCCACUUCACUACCUCUCAUUGGAACUUUACAUUUAUAUGCACCGUUUGUAGGACGUUACCACUUUGAUCGAUUGCACCAAAAUGCCCUUAAAAAUUACAAUCUAUAUGGACCAAUUAUUAGGGAAGAAAUCGUACCAGGUGAACACAUUGUGUGGUUGGGUGAUCCAGACGACAUUGCGAAAAUGUUUCACACUGAAGGGGUAUACCCACACCGCAGAAGUCAUCUCACGUUGGAAAAAUACAGGCUGGAUCGACCCCACAUUUACAAUUCUGGUGGACUCUUACCAACUAAUGGCCCAGAAUGGGCAAGAAUGCGAAAAACGUUUCAGAAAGGUUUGUCUUCUCCAGCUGAAGCCAUCUCUUUCAUAGGAGACUCGAAUGAUAUAAUCACAGAAUGGAUGGAUACAAGACUUGCACAGAUUUAUAAAGAUGAUUGUGUAGAUUUUCUUCCUGAAUUGUCAAGGCUGUUUUUAGAAUUAGUUGGUGUGGCCGCAUUUGACAUAAGAUUUAAUAGUUUCACUGAUGAGGAAAUCCAGCCUGAUUCAAAAUCAGCGAAAUUAAUAGAUUCGGCUUUCGUAAGCAACAGUACUAUUUUAAAAACUGACAACGGACCGCAGUUGUGGAGAAAGUUUGAAACUCCGGCGUACAGACGGUUCAAGAAGGCGCAAGAGUUCAUGGAAAGUGUUGCUAUUGACUUGGUGGCUCUUAAAAUGUCGACUUUUAGAGAGAAAACUCAAAACAGUCCAACGUUACUAGAAAGUUAUAUAGCAAAUGAAUCGCUAGAUUUUAAAGAUAUAAUUGGCAUAGUGUGCGACUUUUUAUUAGCAGGAAUGGAUACUACGACAUACACGUCUGGUUUUUUGUUGUAUCAUUUGGCUACAAAUCCCUCAGUUCAAGAAAAACUUUUUGAGGAAGCAAGCCGCCUUCUUCCGAGUCCGUCUGACUCAGUAACUCCAGAAAUAUACAACGACGCAAAAUACGCAAAGUGUGUUGUUAAGGAAUCUUUAAGAUUGCGACCGAUUUCAAUUGGUGUUGGACGAGUAUUAACUUCUGACGUUGUUUUCUCAGGUUACAACGUUCCGGCAGGGACUGUUGUAGUUACUUUAAAUCAAGUUUUAAGUCGUCUGGAAAAAUACUUCCCGGAGCCUAACGCGUUCAAACCUGAAAGAUGGAUAAAGAAUGACCCUUUGUACAAACGUACUCAUCCUUAUCUCGUUAUUCCCUUUGGACAUGGACAGCGCACUUGCAUCGCUAGAAGAUUCGCCGAACAAAAUAUGAUCAUGUUAAUUCUGAGGUUGGCAAGAAAAUAUAAACUCAGUUGGAGUGGUUCCGAAAUUGAUUCCAAGUCGUUGUUGAUCAACAAACCUGAUGGACCAAUCCUAUUGAAAUGGGAGGAAAGAUAGCUGUAGGUAUUAAGCCAUAUACGUAUAGUAUUUUUAUGUAGUUUUCUAUGUUGAAAUAUAUUUUUAGUAAUCA